AUGGCCCAAGAGAUACCUCUGCUCAAGGAUCCUCCUCAGACAUCCUACCCGGACCCCGCCCAAUGCCCAUUCUGGUAUGGCGAUAUCUGGGUCCGAUACCCCUCAAGCCGAGAGCCCAUCGCAACCAAGUAUUACCAGACGUUCAAGGCAUACUUGGAGUUCUGGACCAUAUUCAAUGACAUCGCCAUCUUUUUGUUCCGUCCUGUCCAAAUCCGGUCACUUUACCUCGGUCAGGCUGUCGAGUUCUAUUCUCGAUUGCGAUCCUGGUUCGAUGGUCUCCCAGAUGACCUACAUCCAGGAAAAAUAGCCCUACCUUUCCAGCUAAGGCUACAUAUCCAAUAUUGGGCUCUUUUGAUGGAUCUCUUCAGACCCUUUGCAGGCUGGGACGAUCCCACAAAAGUACUUGACCAGACGCCCUCUGAGAUACUUGCAGAUGCUCGGAGAAACCAAGAGCUUGUGCUUCGCAUUUAUUACCUGCGUCACGGGACCGAGACUCACGACUCCUGGCUCUCUAUGUUCCUUCUCAGACUUGGUUUCCUUGCCCUUCAAGAAGUGGCCAUUUCGUCAGACAACGACGACUCGCUUGCAACAUUGAUCCUGGCUCUCACAAGCCUCGACAACCAAGGUAAGUGUUAUUUCAAGGCAGAAUUCACUCUACGAACCAUCUGUGCACAGAUGCGUUCCCGAGACCUUGAGACCUUCAAGCAGUUUGCAACCUUUCAGGAUCUCGAUGUUCCUCAGGCUAUAGAAAGUCGCAUUGGUUUUAUCAAAUCAUACUGGCCUGUAAACAUGGAUUUUACCAGGCAAGAGCGGAAGACCAUCCGCGAAGUAGCUGCCGAGGCUAUUGGAAUGAACUUGAUGGAUAAUGAGUAG